AUGGCUCUCUUCUCCUCUAAGAGUGGCGAGAGUCUCACGAACCUAGAUUCCCAGAACAUGGGAUCAGACAAAGCAUCUACAUCGGUCGAUACCAAACCGUUGAUCUCUCAGCUGAAGCUCAUCGCCAGUGACCCAUCGGUCCUGAAGGGGCUUGAGAAUGGCGAGAGGUUGCAGUUGAAACAAGUUGCUCGCUCUGCCGCCGAUGCUCUGGAGACGCCCUUCGAGACCAUGGUCCGCAUUGCGUACUCGCCUCUGCUGCUGGUUACGGCUCGCAUUGGCCAGGCUCACGGAAUAUUUGCCAAACUCUGUGCCACAACGGGCCCCGUCUCCUUGGGUGAGCUCUUGGCAGCAUCGAAAAUUCCUAGCGAUACUCUAGAGUCCAUCAUGGACUCUAUAUGUGCCCGAGGAAUGGCUGCCCGAGUGGAAGCGCAGGCUUUUACUGCCACACCUCUCACACGCCUCUUGUCCUCACCGGAGCUCCGGUCAGCCCACACCCAUUAUCACGAUUCGGUGCUCCCGGGUUUCGCAAAACUCAAGGAAUUCCUGCAAAACCCCCACGGCCCGCGCACGGCAUGGCAGAUGGGUCACGACACGGACCUCAGCUAUUACGCCUGGCUUGAUGGCCAUCCUGUCCUGAAGGACGCGUUCCACAUCUAUAUGGAGGCGCACGUCAUCGGCCUCCCGACGUGGCUGGACGUGCUCGACUUCGAAAAGGAGCUGGCGGCCGGCGCCCGAGCCGACGAUGUGAUUUUCGUGGAUGUUGGGGGGAGCAAUGGCCAGCAGUGCGCGGCGUUGAAGAAGAGCUACCCCGGGCUGCCCGGCCGGGUCAUCCUACAGGACCGACCGGCGGUGCUGGAGAGUGCGCUUGCGGUUGAGGGGAUGGAGAAGAUGGGCUAUGACUAUUUGAUGGAGCAGCCGGUAAAAGGCUCUCGCGUCCUUUAUUUUCGACAGAUACUUCACAACAAUGAUGACGAGACGUGUAAGAAGAUACUUCGAGCUCAGCUGUCGGCCAUGGACAGCAAUACUGUCCUCGUGAUCGACGACAAGGUGCUUCCGGAUCGGGAGCUGCUCACAGAUUCGAUGGAUUCUGAAUACCAAGCGUCGUUGAGCCUGGUUAUGAGGACCCUCUUCAAUAGUCAAGAGCGGAGGGAGGCACACUGGAGGAGACUUGUUGAGGAGACUGGGCUGGUAGUCAGGGAUAUACGGAAGUAUACAGAGUGGGAUGACGCGGUCGUUCUCUGUGUCAAGCAGUAA